CGAAGAAAGUUAUAGAGAAGGACUAGGAGUGGUUGUAGAACUUCCUUACUGUUAGGCACAGUCGUGGUAUUCUGAACAGCGACAUCGAUAUUUAGCUGUUUGGAGACACCUGGUCUGUAUCUUGUGGGUUGUAUUUUUUGCUGGAUUGAGGUACCCACAGAACUUUGAAAAUGGCUAAACCUCCACCCAAACCAGCAAAACCAGGUCAAGUCAAAGUUUAUCAAGCAUGCUACACAUUUGAACCCAGAACACCAGAUGAGCUGUAUUUUGAAGAAGGGGACAUUCUUUAUGUUACAGACAUGACUGAUACAAACUGGUGGAAGGGAACAUGCAAAGGGAGGACUGGCCUUAUUCCUAGCAACUAUGUGACGGAAAAAGCUGAAUCAAUAGAUAAUCCUAUGCAUGAAGCUGCCAAAAGAGGAAAUUUGAGCUGGUUGAGGGAAUGCCUUGAUAAUAAAGUUGGUGUAAAUGGAUUAGACAAAGCUGGAAAUACUGCACUUUAUUGGGCUUGCCAUGGUGGACAUAAAGAUAUCGUGGAAGUGUUACUUCUACAGUCAUCCAUUGAAUUAAAUCAACAGAAUAAAUUGGGAGAUACAGCCUUGCACGCAGCUUCAUGGAAAGGUUAUUCAGAUAUUGUAGAGAUGCUGCUAAAUAAAGGUGCACGGACAGACUUGAAAAAUAAUGAGAAGAAAACUGCUUUGGCUAUGGCAACUAAUGCGCAGUGUGCUUCAUUGCUGAAAAAGAAACAGCCAUCAGGUAUAGUAAGAACUUCAAGCAAUGCCGAAGAGUACCUUGAUGAUGAAGACUCUGACUGAGUUGAUCUAUGUUUUUUCUAAAACCUGCUGUAUUUUUUUAAUUUUGAAAUCUUUAUUUCAUUUGUAUGAGAAAGUUGUUGCUAUAAUGGUUAGGCAUAUGCCAAACUUUGACCCUUAAAGCAGCACACACAUUCCUCUUUACAGACCAUCUUUGGAAGGUAGUAUUGAGUUGAUAGUCUGUGGUUAUGAAAACACAGUGCUGCAAUCUAAAUCUGGUUUUAAGAUGAUGUCCCUCUCAUGUAUGCAUGAAUAUGCGCAGAAACAGUUCCUUCUUUCCACUUCAGAGUCCUUAUGUCAUACAGUUUAUAUUUGCCAUGCAAGAAAAAUAUUUGUUAAUAUUGAUUUUAUUUUAUUUUAAGCAUUCCAAAAAUGUUUUUAAAACUGGGUUACCUCAGGCUAAUUUUCAUUUUAGAGUAUUAUAACAGAGCUUGUUCUUAUUGCAAAGGCUUUCUCUAAAAGAAGGUAAACAACCUGUACUGAUCAUUACUGGACCAAAGAUAGUUGAGUUUAAUAAGAACAUUCAUACUUUUGCAAUAAAACUAAUGAUUAUG